UGUGCGAUCUUUAGCACGGUCCGAGAUGGCUGGCGGUAAGGCUGGAAAGGACUCCCGAAAGGCCAAGGCAAAGGCGGUUUCCCACACGCAGAGAGCCGGCUUGCAGUUCCCUGUGGGCCAUAUUCAUCGACACCUGAAAUCUAGGACAACCAGCCACAGCCGUGUGGGCGCGACCGCCGCAGUGUAUAGCGCAGCCAUCCUGGAGUACCUCACUGCAGAGGUACUAGAGUUGGCAGGAAAUGCAUCAAAAGACUUAAAGGUAAAGCGUAUUACCCCUCAUCACUUGCAACUUGCUAUUCGUGGGGAUGAAGAAUUGGACUCUCUGAUCAGGGCUACAACUGCUGGUGGUGGUGUCAUCCCACACAUCCACAAAUCUCUGAUUGGGAAGAAAGGACAACAGAAGACUACAUAG